AUGGUUGGUAGUGACUCAGAACAAAAAGGUGAUAAACAAAAUUACAACUUUCAUAUUUCCAAAGGCUUGAAUGAGAUAUUUCAAUCUAUCCAUGAUUACUCCCAAUUUAACACACCCAAGGGACCAAUCGAAAGGGAGCAAAUGGGCCAAGAUCUCAAGAAAGUUGUUUUUAACCUAUUAUAUUUUACUUUAUUUAAAAAUGGUGAAUUAUUAUCAGAGUUUUCACCCCACCUUGAUCAUUCAAAUAUUCCGCCUGAUCUACAAAGCAUCUUACCUGAUAAUGAUAAUUUUAGAAAUUAUGACCUUUCCAUAGAAAAAUUAAAAAAUAACAAAAAUAAAUCCACUUUUUAUAACCAUAUUGGGCGAAACUGUGGUAGAAAAUUUAAACCUGGUGAACCUAUUUAUCGUUGUCAAGAGUGUGGAUAUGAUGAUACUUGUGUGCUAUGUGUCCAUUGUUUUAACCCGGAUGAUCAUGUGGAUCAUCAUGUUUAUACAAAUAUUUGUACAAGAGUUUCUAGUGGUAUUUGUGACUGUGGUGACUCUGAAGCUUGGAACAAUCCCCUACAUUGUAAGGCCGAACUAGCAUGUAACCAAAAGAAAAACGCUUGUAUGUAUAAUUUGGAUUACAACUCAUUGAUACCACACUUCAAAUAUGUUUUAACUGAAUCUUUAGAUUACUUCAUUGAUGUUUUUAAUCAGAACAUCGAACCCAUACCUAUUUUUACUAAAGAAAUCAUGCUAAAAUUAAGAAAUUAUGUACAAAAGGGCAAUUUAGUUGAAAGAGCUCAAUUUUUGAAAGAUUUGGCUUAUAAGAAUGAUUAUUUGUUAAAAAAACAACAAGCAACUGACAACGAAUCCGAUAUGAUUAAGGAACCUAAAAAUUAUGCAGUCAUAGUUUAUAAUGACGAAUUUCAUAAUUAUCGACAAGCCACUAGUGCUUUGAGACAAGGUGAACCUGAUGAUAAACGGAUUGAAUUAAUAACCUCUCAUAUUGAUGGUGAAGGCCGUGCAAUAUUGAAAUGUUCUACAGAUUUAUCGUCAGUCAUUGGUGGAUACUUUUCAGUUCAAACUAAUGGGCUAAGUGCUACACUAACAAGCUGGUCCGAAUAUAUUCACCAAGAAACCUGUAAAUACAUCAUUAAAUGGAUUCAAGAAUGUUUGUCUAUUCCUAAUGUGGAGUUUCAAAACGCCUACAGAGAAGCUUUAGGCUUUGUGUUUACAGAGGAAUUACCCAAUGGUUGUAUUAAAAGUAGCAGUAAUGUCGCUGAGGUUGUGGAUAAAUAUUUUGCUAAUAAUUGUGGGAUUGAAGUUCUUGAUCCCGAGUGUAGAUAUGCUGAUUUAUCGAUUUUGGACCGUGGUACUAGAUUGCCACUAGGCCAUCAUUUGAAAAUGAACGAAAAUAAUUUAACUUCAAUCUCACCAGAAAUAAGUUCGUUAUCAAAAGUGAAGCCAAAUUACUUCAACUCGAGAUUACAAUUAAUGCUAUUUUUGGAUAAUAGAUAUUGGAAAGUUCUAAGAAGUUCUGUACAAGAUAUUAUCAUUCCGACCUUGUCAUCUAGUUUGAAAUAUAAGGCCGUGUUUUGUAGACAAUUUUCGCAAAUUUUUACUCAUAUGCUAAACGCUGUUUGUUUCUUAGACAGAGAACCACAAUUGACUGCAUUGAGAGAAAGUGUUUUGCAAUUGUUUUCAUGCACAACAAGUGCAGAAGAUAUGUUAGCGGAUGGCUCUUUUUUGGAUGUUUUAUGGUCUGUCAACAGAAUUUUCAUGAAAUUUUCUGUUCUGGAUAAUGGUUCCUUAUUGUGGAAAAUAGUUAGUAUAGCUAAUCCCAGCAAAGGUUUUUCGGUUUCGUUUAAACAGGGGUUGUAUGCUAUCGAGACAUUGUUGAAUAAAGUUACUGAUCCAAACUCUAUAUUACGACCCCAAGAAUUCAUAGCCAUAACAUCUUUGUGUCAACUAUUCAAUGGGGCCUGGAAAAUUAAGCAUAAGGAAGGAGAACAUGUGUUACGAGAAGAUCAAUCGUUUAUACCAUAUUUGGAGUAUACCUCUUCAAUAUACAGCAUAAUUCAAAGUGUGAACAGAAUUUUAGAAAACGGCAAAGUUGAUGAAGCAAAGUUAUUAAAUGCAAUACAUCUACUAUAUACAUAUUUUACGCACAAAAAUCUACCAUACAAAUUGGUCGGUGAUUCCUUUGAGAUUAUUAAAUUUAAAGUUAGUAAACAGAGAGUUGCAUUCAUGAAUCCGGUUCAUACCUUUUUUUCAUUUUUAGUUGAAAGAUCCCAAAUAGCUAAAGUUUUACCAGUUAUUGAAUCGAGAGAUAAAGAUUUUUUAGUUGUUUCUGAUUUUUGUUUAAGAAGUGUAGUUUUAUGUUCUCAAAUUGAUAUUGGAUUUUGGGUGAGAAAUGGCAUUUCGGUUUUGCAUCAAUCCUGUUAUUACAAAAAAAACCCUGAAAUGAGUUCCUAUAGUAGAGAUAUACACGUUAAUCAACUAUCCUUUUUGGUAGAAAAAAAUGAGUUGGAAAAAAUUAUCUAUAAUAUGUUAGAUAGAUGGGAGAUUCUAGACUGGUUUUUAGGUGAGCAAAGUAUCAAAGAAACAGUAUAUGAAGAUAAAAUCAACCAGUUAUUACAGCAAUUUAUUACUUUUAUUUAUCAGCUAUUGAGUGAAAGACAACAAUUUAUGAAAUUCAACUCCACAGAGGAAAAGGAGCUAUUACACAUUAAAAAUUCAAUUAUUUAUAACUUGUACACCCAACCUUUACCGUAUUCCAAAUUGUUAGAAAGUAUCCCAGAUUAUUUAACAGAGAGUACUUCCAAAUUUGAUAUAUGUUUAGAAGAAGUUUCGCUUUAUGUAGAACCAAAAGGAUUAGAAGAUAAUGGUGUUUUUAAAUUGAAAAGGGCAAUGUUCAAUAAAAUUGACCCUUUGAGACUAUUAAAUAUGGACAACGAUUUUGAGCAUAGCGCCAAUAUCAUUAAGCAGCAGGUUUCGAAAGAUAAAAAAAACAUUGAAAAGACAAUCAUUGAGCCUCGAUUAGAAGCCUACGAUAAGUUGGAAAAGGGUUCUGAAACUUUAGGGAAUUUUACUAGAACAAAUUUAUUUGCCAAAAUUAUUUACAAACUUUUAGCUGUAUGUGUUACUGAUAAGAAUUCUGCAUUUUUAUAUGAACUGUUACAUUUAGUUCAUGGAAUCAUGAUUGAUGACGAGUAUAUACAUGGUACCCAAUCGUUCCCACAAGCUUAUUUGGACAAACCAAUUUGCAAUUAUUUGCUAAUGAUUACCCAAGAAACUUCAUUUUCUUCCAAUAUAAUUAAUAAAGCCGAUUAUUUAUUGGAGAGGAUGCUUCGGAAAAAGCGUGAGCAAGUUAUUGACUCUUUAACUACAUGCUUUGGUGCGGAUUAUGUUCGUGAUUAUAUGCAAGGAAAGAAAACACAAAGCGCAAGCCAGGAGGAAACAGAAAAAGAGCGCAAAAAGAGGUCUGCGAAAGAACGUCAACAGAAGUUGCUUCAAAAGUUUGCUAGACAACAUAGUAAAUUUAUGAAAGAAAACGAAAGUUUGUUUUCCAAUGACGAAAAAUUACAUGGUGGUAUCACAAAAGGUGCCAACCAUAAAAUUAGCAUUGAUGAAGAGUCGAAUUUGGUCAAUGAUAGGGAAGAUGUCACCUGCUCUUUAUGUCAGGAUUCUGUUUCUUUUAAUGAUGUUUUUGUUAUCCCAAUUUAUCAAUCUAAUACACCUGUGAUACGACAACAAACACAUAGGGGUAAUGAAAAUGUUUCUGAAUGGUGUGGAUUUGUUAAUCAUGAAAAUGCUCCGACUUUUUAUAAUUACAAUAAUUCUGGAACUAAACCUAAGAAAAACAAUGGGAAUGUUAUGGUUUCGUGCAACCAUCAAAUACAUUUCAAAUGUUUAAAAAAAUAUUUAAAAAAGAAAAAGUAUUCCCCAAAGUUGUUUAUAUGUCCACUAUGCCAAACGAUUUCCAAUAGUUUUUUGCCCUUAUCGUUACCUAUUUUUGAUGGUAGGAAAAGCGAUGUAUGGUUUAAUAUGAUCGUUAAUGAAGUAUCGUCUAAUGUCAGAAAUAUUACUUAUGUCCCAACUAUGAAGGCUACGCAAAGGAUUUAUGAUUUAUUGGACAUGAUUAUGAACAAAGUUAAAUUUUAUGAUUCUAAAUAUUUCAAUGCUGAGAUUCGUGAUUCCUCUAUUGUAUAUAUUCUUUCAGCCCAUUUUGCCAAUACCAUUUCCAUGCUGGAGGUGGCUUCAAGGGCAUCUAGUGCACCAUAUCAAGAUUUAUUGAAGGGUAGAGACCAAAUUUUCAAAACGCUAAAGUACAUGCUAAGGUGUAUUUCAUUUUUGAAAGAGGCCUAUAUUGAUAUAAGCAAUGUUCAUAUUCCAUAUUCGCAUCACAAAUAUAGUUCUUUCCCAAAUAAACCAUUUCAGUAUAUUGUGAGAGAAUUGUUAUUUAGUGGUAACUCUUUGAAGUUUAUUUUAAACUCUGUUUUAAAAAGAAUCAUUGGGCAUGCCUUGGAUUACACAGAUAAGGUUAAUAUCAAUGAAAUGGUAACUGAAAUGAAAAAAUCAAAUAUUUAUUACGAACCGACUGCAGAGUUUGUAGAGCAUUUUGCCAAUUUUAAAGAUGUAACUGAUACAAAACUUCAAGCUGUUGCUUACACGUUUACUUUAAAGCAAAUAUGUUGUGUUUUGAGGAAGUGUUUGAUAUUUUGCAAAGUUUUAAAUAUGGCUGUUGGCAAUGAGAAUAAUGGCGAGGUGAUUAAUGGUUUUGAUUUAAGUAACUCGGUUGAAUAUAAUGGAUCUUUGGAAGGAUACGUUAAUUAUUUAGUUAAAAUAUUGACCAAAGAAGAAACUAUGUUUGAUUUAGUUAAAAGUGAAGAUUUUUGUACACAUAAAUUAAGAGAAGACGUUGACCAAAGUGGUAAGCCAAGAACGUCCAUUUCCAAUACUGUUAUUUGCGAAAGGGGGAAGUGUAAGAUUUGUGAUUAUGAACUUUCCCCCAUAACUAAAGGUGAAUAUGCUGGUACAGUUAAAUUAGUUGACUUGGCUUCUCAUUUGAACAAAUACAUUACUGAUAUUAAAUCUUUAAAAUUCAGAAAUGUUUCAAAUCCUACCCAUAAUGCCAGUCAAAACAGUGCGAAUGGUGCAGAUAUUUUUUCUGUUAUUAAUGGAAUGUUGGGAAACGUUGUCCACAAUCAUCUCAACGGUACCCCCAUAGUUAUGGUUGAUAAUGGUGAUGGCAGCAUUGAGAUUGAGAGUUCACAUGCUAGUAAUGAAACAAGGUUGGAUUUCGAGAUAUGUUUAAGUUGUGGUGAAAAAAUAUAUUAUACCGCGGAUAAUUAUUCAAUUUUCAAACAUUUGUCCAAAUGCUUUGGGGCAUUUGGUUUAUAUUUAGUCCCAAGUGACAAUGAAAUAUGUCUAUCUUUGAACACACCUCAGUGCUUUGUGAAGAUAUCAGCUCCAUAUUUGAACUCGCAUGGUGAAAGUGGUAAAGAGGCUAUGAAACGUGGUGAUAUUGCUGUUUUGUCCCUGAAGAGAUAUGAACAUUUAAAUAACUUAUGGAUGUGUAAUGGUAUUCCGGGCUACAUUAGCCGUAUCAUGGGCGAUGAGUUUAGGAUUUUAAUUGCUACGCAAGCUGUUCGUUUCAAUAGAAAUAUACUCUUUUUUAGAGGCUUAUAUGAAGGUGAAGAAAAUGAUGAAGAAGAUGAUUUUGGAUUUGGAGACGAUGAUGACGACAACGAUAAUGAUGAAUCUGGCGGAACUGAAAGAAUCGGGGGUUCACAAACUACCGGAGAUGGUACUGAGAGUGAUAGACUCGCUUCUGAGGAAUUGGACACUUUUGAUCCUGGUGUUACGUUAGAAGACUUGGCUACAUUUUCCGAUGAAGAUCCGUAUUAUCGAUAUAUAUCUGGGGACGAUUAUGCUGACUAUGAUGAUGAUGACGAUGAUGACGAUGACGCUGAUGAUGAUGAUGAAGAUGAUGACGACGAGGAUGACGAUGAAGAUGAUGGCGACGAUGAUGAUGAACAUGAUGAUGAUGAUGAUGAAGACGUUGAUCAUGAUGACGAUGAAAGUGGUAAUAGUGAUGAUAAUGAAGAUGGUAAUUAUCAAGGAAGUUAUAUUAAUAGCGAAAAUCAACGCAAUGUUGAAAACCAAGAUGUUACUAUUAGGAGAAAUGGAAGUGAUAAUGCGCUAGAUGUUAGAAACGCUAGUGCCGUUGGUCCUUGGCUGGAGUCCACUUCUGGUUCUGACUUAAAUAAUGAACUUAUUCCUUCUGACGAGGAUUUAAUUUCCUUGACUCGAUGGUUCUUAUCGCAAGGAACAUCAGCGCCUGAUAUACAAGGUAUGGUGUUUGAUAGUUUGUUAAGACAAGACUCCGAAAAUCAUGAUUCUAAUACUGAUGAUUUGACUGGUCAAAUUGAAUGGCCAAGGGACAAUAUUAGUUAG